UGCUGAAGUUGCCCCGCUCCUUGCCCAGACCUCCAACCCUUUCCCCGCCCCUUCCCACGGAGCAACGACUCCCUGGGGUGCAAAAAUCACUCUAUGAGGUGGGGAAAUGACUCCAGGGGUGGAGAAAUGACUCCAGGGGAUGAUUUUUAUCCGUUCCUCUACCAAUUUCAGCACCUUUGGGCCCCAACUGAAGCUUCCUCUCUCGGCUUCCAAGAAGAGGAGCCGGGCAAUGGCAGCGUCACCCUGCCCGAGGAGUCCCCGGGGCCACCGGGACACCCCACCACAGCCACCGGGCACGCGGGGACAACGGUGACGACGUGGCCGAGGGCCACCACGGGCCCUCCUUGGAGCGGGGACCUCGCGGUGACACCGGCGGGGAACCAAACCCGCACCUCCUCGGGUGUCCCAGUCCGCUACUGGUCCCCCGUGCUCUUCGUGCUGCUGGCCCUGCUCGUGCUCUUUGUCACCUACCAGAAGACCAAGGGCAAAGGGAUCCAGGACCGGGCCAUGAGCGGCAGCGACUCCUCAGCGCCCUCAUUCCAACCCUUCCCGCGCAGAUUUGGGAGCCCUGGUCCAGCCCCCCGUUCAGGACCCCAUCCCAAAAAUCCCGGCCCUACAGACCAAGGCCGUGCCUCAGUUUCCCCUCCAAUCCCACCCCGAGGACGCUCCAUGGAAUUCCUGCCUCUUUUCCAGAGGGAAAGGAAGGAUCCCGAGACCCCCCCAGGCCUGGACCAAUCCGAGACCACCUUCAGCCAGCCAGAGCCAUCCCAAGCGCCGGGAGUGCCAGAAGAAAGGGAAUUCCUGGGAUAAAGGGGCAAUUCCUGGGAUAAAGGGACAAUUCCUGGGAUAAAGGGGCAAUUCCUGGGAUAAAGGGACAAUUCCAGCCCCUCCCAACUCCCGCUUUUCCUCCUCCCCAGCUGGACUCGCUCCCGGGUGACUCCUGAGGGCCCCCAGGGGUGGCCCAGUGGCUUCCAGGCCACCCCGAGGUCCCGCCGGUGUCCCCUGUGCGAGGACAGGGCGGGAACAACACAAUAAAGUGGGAUUUUAUCCCAAAAAACCUUUGGAAUUUCUC